AUGAAAAAUACAUUCAAGAUUGUCCUCGGUACAACUUGGGAACAACCUACCAAGGUGGAUAUUGCCCCAGUUACCAAUAUGCUGGAGUCAAGUGCAAUCCAGGUGUUCGGUUUACUAGAAAUGGCCUAUCAACAACUAGCCCCAAUGGCUACCUACAAGUCAAUCCGUCUUGUUGGUCUCAAUCGAUAUGAAGGCAGAGUGGAGGUAUUCAACGGAGGCGUAUGGGGCACAGUGUGUGAUAGGAAUUGGGAUGCAAAGGAUGCGCAAGUUGUGUGCAAGCAGUUGGGGUACCACUACGGAGGUACAGCAUAUCAAAGUGCACGCUAUGGUCGAGGCCGUGGUCCAGUGUGGCUUGACAACGUGAACUGCUAUGGCAGUGAAAACGCGAUCACAGACUGCAAGCACAGUGGGUUCGGGCAAACAAGUUGUUCUCAUAACAGAGACGCGUCGGUUCGUUGCAACCUACCACCGGUCAUCAAAGUUCCAGGUCCUGCCAUCAAAGUUCCACGUCCUGUCAUCAAAGUUCCACGUCGUCUUGAACCGGUUCCGGUUCCUGAGUGA